GUCGCCGCCGGUCCCCUGCGCUGCACCACGUCGUUCCGCGCCGCGCCACCGCACGCAAGUCGCCGUCUCGCUUUUGGCAGCAGCCUUCCCAGGCCGGAAGCGCGCAGCAUACUCUGAGUCAUCUGCACGUCCCCGCUCAGUUAUCGCCCCAGCUCGGGAGGGACCCUUUCUCGUUCCAGCCUAUCGCCAGCCAGAGCCCUCGGUCUCCGAGCGCGUCGCACCAUCGAUCGCCAUCCUGCUUUUGCCCUCCAUACCGGCCUGACCAAGACAAGACAAUAUAAGGAAGGAGCGCAUGGCCCGAGAUGGCGUCCUUCAACCGCCUCAGCUACUACUCGGUCAUGGGCGAGGAAGAUCCAGAGCUCGAGGAGGGCCGCGAGGAUGAGGGCGGCGGCGACGAGCGCACCCCGCUCGACAGGACGAUCGACCGCAUAGGGAUGGGAUGGUACCAGUGGACGCUGCUGUCGCUCUGUGGGUUCGGAUGGAUGGCGGAUAACAUGUGGAUCCAAGCGGUGGCAAUAGCCUUGCCGCGCAUUCAGCGGCAUUUUGAAGUGCGCGACAGCGUCAUCGGCACGCUAUCCUCGUCAAUGUUCGCGGGGAUGAUGUUCGGCGCAGUGGGCUGGGGAACAUGCUCCGACCUCAUGGGCCGCACAACCGCCUUCAACGCUACGCUGUUCCUCACGGCCUUUUUCGGGAUCUUCGCCUCAUUCGCACCGACAUUCAUCUGGCUAUGUAUCUCUCUAUUCUUCCUCGGGAGUGCUGUCGGAGGUUCCAUGCCUACGGAUGGCACUCUUCUCUUGGAACACAUGCCGAAUGGGAAGCAGUAUCUCGUCACCGCGCUCUCUGUGUUCUUCUCCUUUGGCUCCGUCCUCGCGGCCUUCGUCGGCCUUAUCGUCAUACCUGGCCACUCCUGUCCGCCGGCUCCAGCCGCCUGCGACGUGGACGCCCAAAAUCAAGGAUGGAAGUAUCUACUUUCGACCCUUGGCGCGAUUACAAUGGCGAUGUUCAUCGCGCGGAUCGUGUUCUUCCGACUGCAUGAGUCGCCGCGCUACCUCGUCCACGCGGGACGCCCGCAAGAGGCGCUAGAGUCCCUGCAGAUGAUAUCGAGGUUCAAUGGGGACGAGCUAAAUCUUGGGCUCGAGGACGUGCGCGAUAGCGUGUACGCCCCUCUCAUCACCGACGAGCCCGCCAACAUGAACAAUCACGAUCUACACGACCCCCCAUCAAAACAUCCCCAACACGACUCCAUAACAGACACCCCUCACGACCCGUCUGCCCUCGUCUUCGACGCAGACGCACACGCAGGAGAGACGCGAGACUCGCGGGGGAACAGCGAGGAGCGCGCGCCGAUGGCGUUCGCGAACAGCCGCGACCUCCUGCGCGCCUCGCCCGAAAGCGAGUCCAAGAGCUACGACGCGACGGGCGAGUCCAACGUCGCGCUCGAGGGGCACCACUUCCACACCCCGCAGGUCUCCCAGAUCUCGCGCACCUCGACCCCCGCGGGCUCCCUCCGCGGCCGCCCCGAGUCCCUGCUGCACACCGACGCCGAGGCGGAGGACAAGCCCCCGCUCUCGCGCGAGCCGUCGAUUGCCGCAUCGCGCCCCGUGUCGGGGCUCUUCGCCGACGACGUAGGAGUCGAUGCAGAGACUGCAUACCCGAGACCACGACCACGGCUGAGUGGCAGGGGCAGCAGGCGCUUCUCCGCGACGUCGUCGGUAUACGAGCCCCGCCCGAAUAUUUACUGGAAACUCCCAAGGUGGCUGAGGAAGCCGCUCUGGGCGUGGCUCGACCGGAUCGCGAUGGUGCUCGUGCCGGAGUGGGUGCAUACCACCCUCUUGGUGUGGGCGGCGUGGUUCGCGAUGUCGUUGGCCUACACGAUGUUCAAUGUAUAUUUGCCGAAGUUGCUGGAGGGCCGUGGGGCACAAUUAGAGGCAGACCUAGGCUCUGCUUCACCGAAAAGUCUCGAUGCGAGCUUGUGGGAUGUAGUCAUAUACGCCCUAGGAGGAUGUCCGGGCGCCGUGCUCGGAGCAUAUCUGAUCGAGGGCCCGCUAGGACGUAGACUGUCGCUAGCAGGCAGUACCUUCGUGACUGCAUUUUUCUGCAUCAUUUUUGUUAUCGUCGAGCAGUCGUGGGCGGUGCGCGCGAGCACGGUCGGGAUCAGUCUGAGCGCGACGGCCAUGUGGGCUGUGUUGUACGGCUGGACACCCGAAAUUUUUGGCACGAAAGUCCGAGGCUCCGCUUGUGGCAUUGCCUCUGCCCUCUCGCGGAUAGGUGGCAUGAUCGCACCCAUGCUCGGCGGCAUGCUCCUCGCGAUCAAUCAGUCGAUACCCGUAUAUGUCAGCAUCAUCGUCUUCGCCAUCGCAGGCUUCUGCGUUCUCCUGAUCAGAGAACAACCUCGGGAGCACGGUGGAGGAAGAGUAAUUGUGCAUUGAUCUGCAAGGAUCCCCCACCUGCCUCUCGAGGCCCCUUUGGGGCAGCUUUCAUCGAAACGAACACUCGCAUCGCAUUGUCAAAUCAUCGUUACGUUCCACUCGCUCGAUUUUAGUUGUAGCAAUACCCUGCAUCAUAUCGUGACAUCGAAGAUCGACA